CAAUUGCUAAAUCCAUUGGCGAGGAUUGAUAGUGUCGCAUCAACUUCUAGAUCUCCAGAACAUGGAAUUAAUAUUCCAGCUUUUGGCAAUUGUUUUGCUCGGACAUAAUGCCUUUGCCGGAUUGCUAGACUUGUUUAGCGCUUCAUCCGACUAUAAUGCUGCUUUCCUGAUGGACAGUAUGUUUGGAAUAGUGGUCAAUGACACUAAAUAUAUUUUGCAUGGCGAUUCUUCAAACCCAAUCGAGGUUGAUGUAACAUUCUGGUGUGGUAACCGAAAUUCUCCGAAUCUUACGCAAACGGCUAUAAAUGAUGGUAGUUUAAGUUCGAAAAUUGUGACCUCUAAGCCGAUUGUCUUCAUUACUCACGGAUGGCUGGACAACCGCAACCGGAAUUGGAUCAAAGCUAUGACGACCGACUACCUCAAGUUUGUAGACACCAAUAUCUGUGUGGUGGAUUGGGGCAACUUGGCAAUUUACGGAUAUGCAUUGGCAGCGAACCAUACCAUCAGAGUUGGUGCUUAUUUGGCCAAGUUCAUUAACUAUCUGAAGGGUGAGGGAAUCCCGUUGAGUAAGGUAACACUGGUUGGUCAUAGUAUGGGUGCUCAUAUAAGCGGAGAUGCUGGUAUGAACCUGGGAGGAAAGGUUGGCGCAAUUUAUGGACUUGAUCCAGCUAGUCCCCUGUUUAAGAUGCCAGCCGAUAUUGGAAUUUCGAAAAGGUUGGACAGUUCUGAUGCCUUGUAUGUUCAGAUGAUCAUGACUUCCCGCUGCACUUGGGGUGUGUGCGUCGGUGAUGGUCACGAGAACUUCUACCCAACAGGAGGAUUAGUUCCCCAACCGAAUUGUGUCAUUCCGUUGGGCAGCAAUGCUGAGAGUGGCGAACCAGUAAGCUGCAGUCAUGCUCAUGCAUACACACUAUUCCGGAUGGCGUUGAACCCAAGAAAUGUUUUCAACGGGAAGAAAUGCGACGGGUAUGCGAUGUAUUUGAGUGGUUUGUGCUUUUUCAACAAAUCUACCAAAAUGGGAAUAUAUUCAAGCCGCGUUGGAGGAGAUUUCUAUCUGAUGACGUCUUUGUUUGAACCGUACACGGUUUGAGAAACCGAGUUAAGUUGCAUUAAGCAAAAUAAAAGUUCAAAAAAGUGUGUUACAUACGAGUUUUUUUUAGAGCACACGGUUCACUUCUAGUUGUACAGCACUUACCUGAAAAUGAGAAAAGGAAAGAAGAAGAAAUUGUAACGACAAUACUUGGAUUACGAUUAUAAGAUAAUGGAAUGCUAAAUUUGAGUACGAAGAAAUAUUGAAAUUAUUAAAUGGAAUUCGAUAUUAAUCACACACACAUAAAUUAAGUACAAUUAACAUUUGGAUUCUUUUAAAACCUUUUGCUCGCAGAAGUAUGACUAGUUGUUUUAGGAAAUCUCGUUUUCUUCAAUGUUUUCCAUACAAAACGACCGCAGUUUUCUAUCUCGAUACCAUCAUAUUUUAUGGGAUGAAGAACCGGAACAUUUGAUGGAUGCAAUUCUGUAGGAUAUGAAUUGGACAGCAUUGCUUUCGUUCUAACACGUAUUGAGCAUAGCGAUGUAACGCUAAAUCUGGCCAAAAUUUUGAAGGCUGAUAAACUUUUGAACUGUUCCUGUUUUACUACACUCACAGCUUGCUAGACCAGAAUGUUUUGUAUAUUUCUUUCUUCCAUGUUAUCUAUAACAGAAAGCUUGGAAGAGUUGGUGAAAAUUAUGACCAAUUAAAAAAAAAUGAAGAGGAUUGGUUGAGUCGUUUUUCGGAAAUCGUGAUCACGGAAAAUCCAUUUUAGACGAGGUAGACGAGGAGCGCCUCGAAGCACGGUAACAUUCGAUCUAUUACUUGAAUCUCUAUGAAAAUUUGAGAAAAUGUUCUUAAGAAGCUGUACGUUUAG